AGCAGAGCAGCCUCGGACUCGUUGAAGUCCUCUGUCCCAGGCCCAAGGCCCAAGAUUUAGUGGAACGAGAAACGAGGGCCCAGGGGUUUUUUAAUGCAAGGAUCCUGUUCGGCUGUUCGCCGCCUGACUGACGCGAGACGCGAUCGAGGGGAAGGGCGGAAUUUUCUUCCCGUCAAAAUCCUCUAUUUUCCCUGAUUCCCUCUCGUUUCUGCCGCUCCCCCUUUCGGGGAUGACGAGCUGCAACCACAAGAAGGGCCGGCAAGAGCAGCACCACCGGCGUCACCCUUAUCUCACAUGAUGUUCAGCUCCAAGAAUCCUAACCCCGUCUACAGCGGCGGUGGAAUCAGCUUUCUUACUGGUAGCCGAAAUGGAAGGUUCAGCUAUGGGUAUUCCAGUUUUAAGGGUAAAAGGGCAUCAAUGGAGGAUUUCUAUGAGACAAGUAUAUCAGAGGUCGAUGGUCAGAUGGUUGCAUUUUUUGGUGUUUUUGAUGGUCAUGGAGGUUCCAGAACUGCAGAAUAUCUCAAGAACAAUCUCUUCAAGAAUCUGAGCAGCCAUCCUGAUUUUAUCAAAGAUACAAAAUCUGCUAUUGUUGAAUCAUUUAGGCAAACAGAUAUUGAUUAUCUCAAUGAAGAAAAAGGCCAUCAGAAAGACUCUGGUUCAACUGCAACAACUGCUCUACUACUGGGGGAUCGGUUGCUUGUUGCAAAUGUGGGAGAUUCCAGAGUGGUUGCUUGUAUGGCUGGUUCAGCUGUUCCAUUGUCAAUUGAUCAUAAACCUGAUAGAUCUGAUGAGCGUCAAAGGAUUGAAAAAGCUGGAGGGUUCAUUAUAUGGUCUGGUACAUGGCGGGUUGGUGGUAUUCUUGCAGUGUCUCGUGCUUUUGGAGACAAACUACUUAAGCCAUAUGUGGUUGCUGAGCCAGAAAUUCAGGAGGAGGAAAUUGAUGGUGUUGAGUUUCUGAUUAUUGCAAGUGAUGGACUUUGGAAUGUUGUAUCAAAUAAGGAUGCUGUGGCCAUAGUACAAGGCAUAUCAGAUGCUGAAGUAGCAUCAAGAAAACUCAUAGAAGAAGCCUAUGCCCGAGGGAGCUCUGACAAUAUCACCUGUGUUGUAGUUCGAUUUCAUGAUUUGUAAGUUUUAAGGAUUUCCGUAAGGGUCUGAGCAAGAAGAGGACUUCCAGUUAACACAUAUUUGCCAUUCAUUUGACCCUACAACAUGGUUGCCAAUGAAAAUGAAUGCUCAACAAUUGAUAUUUCAAGUUGCUAGUUCUGCUUCCUUCCACUGAUUAUUAAUAAUGCAGCAUUAAUGUAUUUUUCAGAUUAUCCAUUCCUGCCUUUGUUGAAAUGGGAAUCGGAAAGGUUUGAUAUCUGCAUCCCGUCAAAGCAGGCAAUGUUGAGUGGGUGUAAAUGUAUUUGACGUCAAGUAGGCCGGAAUUACCCCUUUAUUAUGUUUGGUCUUGUUAUAUUAUUCUCUACCAAAAAAAUAAUAAAAAAUCUGGUUAUGGUAUUCAAAAUUAAGCAAAUGAUAUCAUGUGACAAAGGUUCUUUUUGAGGUCAGGUGAAGAGGUUCUUUUGGUGUUUUCCAUACUUUAAUGUUUAA